AUGAAUUAAAAGAAUAGCACUCAUUAUUUGACUGUUGAUCAAAAAAUUUAUGAUUUAGAACCUAAAAAUUUAGAUGAUGCAGAGGUAAUUAUGGAAUGUUAAAAUCUUACAAAAGAAUUUUCUUUAGUAGGAAGAGAUGAUAAAGUGAAAGCUCUAAACAAUAUUACCUUGCAAGAAUAAAGUGAAUGUAAACCAAUAAAAAAGGGAGAAUUUGUAAUGAUUAGAGGACCUUCAGGAGGUGGUAAAACUACUCUUUUAAAUUUAUUAGGUACUAUAGAUAUGCCAAGCUCAGGCACAAUUAAGCUUCUUGGCUAAUAAAUUGAUACUAAUUCCUCAGAUUCUUAUUUAUCUUAGCUUAGAUUAGAAUCUAUUGGAAUAGUUUUUCAAACAUUUAACUUACUUGCAACAAUGACUGCUUAUGAAAAUGUUGAAUUACCAAUGAAAAUACUUAAUAAAUUAAGCUAAAAAGUUAUAAAACAAAGAGUUAUCAAUCUCCUUACUAGAGUUGGCUUACAAGAUAGAAUGGAUCACUUGCCUUCUGAGCUUUCAGGUGGUGAGUAAUAAAGAGUAGCCAUUGCUAGAGCCCUAGCAAACUCACCACAGAUUGUUUUAUUGGAUGAACCUACAGGAGAUUUGGACACAAAAUCAACAGUUGAAGUUAUGGAUUUGUUGUUAAGUAUUAAUAAUUUUGGUUAUUCCAGUGAAGAAACAUAGAAAGUUACUAUGAUUAUGGUUACACAUAAUCCAGAUAUUGAGUGUUAUGCUGAUAGAAUACUUUAUCUAGCAGAUGGGUAAAUAGUAAAAUAAGUAUAUAAUGAAAGAUAAGUGCCUAUUGAUUGGGAAGAUUACGUGAAAUAUUUAAAUGCAAAUAAUUGA